AUGGACGAAGAAGACCAAGGGCUUGUAAAGGGAAGUGGGAACAAGUUACAAUUGACAGUAGAUGAAGUGGUUGAAGAAUAUGUAGGAUCAUUUGGAUUUUCACAACUGGUUCAUGUAUUUUUGGUGUCAUUGGCUUGGAUUUUUGAUUCCCACAACACUUUGGUCACUAUAUUUACUGAUGCACAACCACAAGGCUGGAAAUGUAUUAGCCCAUUAUGUGAUGAAAAUGAAGCUUCUGUUUGUGGAUUAGAACCAGGAACUUGGGAAUGGGCUGCUGGGAAUUCAAGCUCUACUAUUGCUGAAUGGGGACUGGUGUGUGAUCAAAAAUUUCGUGCUGCUCUACCAGCAUCACUCUUCUUCCUUGGUUCCUUACUAGGGUCAGCUGUCUAUGGUAGGCUAGCAGAUGGAUUCUUGGGAAGAAAAAGAACAGUGCUGCUUUCGUGUCUUCUAACCUCUGCAACAACUUUUCUCACUUCACUCUCUCCAAAUAUAUGGAUAUACUCUCUCCUCCGUUUCGCCAAUGGAUUUUCUAGAUCAGGCAUUGGCAUAUGUUGUCUUGUACUCUCAACAGAAGCCGUUGGCCGCAAAUGGCGCGGUCAAGUCGGCCAAUAUGGCUUUUUUUUCUUCACCGCAGGCUUUCUUUCGCUUCCUUUGAUUGCUUAUCCAACUAGAACUUGUUGGAGAAACAUAUACAAGAUCAUCUCGUUCCUUCCUCUAGUGUAUGCCGUUUUUAUACUUGUGCCCUUUGUAUCGGAGUCUCCUCGUUGGCUUCUAGUCCGAGGUAGAAGCGAAGAAGCUCUUGAUGUAUUGAAAAGAUAUGCCAAAGUGAACGGGAAGAAGUUACCUCCAAAUCUAAGUCUCCUAGAACCUUCUUCUUGUGCUAACAAAGUGGCUGGUCAGGGCACAAAGAACUUAUGGAACACUAACUGGGCUGCUAAAAGAAUGGCUAUAGUUAUGAUUACUGGCUUUGGAGUUGGUUUUGUCUAUUAUGGAGUUCAACUCAACGUCGAAAACCUGAACUUUAACCUCUACUUCACGGUAGCCAUUAAUGCAAUGAUGGAGAUCCCAGCUGUUUUUAUUGGCAGUGUACUCUUGAGCUUCACCAACCGUCGUUUGCUCUUCUCCCUAUCGGCUUACAUUGCUGGAAUUUCAUGUAUCCUCUGCACUAUAUUCUCAAGUACGUCGCACAAAAAAGGGAAUCAAUCAAAAGGUAGUUUAGCUCAACUAACUAUCGAAGCAAUAGGCUUCAUGGCUGCUUCAACUGCAUUUGAUGUGAUGUACGUAUAUUGCGUGGAGCUUUUCCCCACAAACGUGAGAAAUUUCGCAGUUUCUAUGCUGCGACAAGCCUUGAUGCUAGGCGCGUCUAUCGCUCCUCUACUAGUUGUCGUUGGUCGACUAAGCCCGUCUCUUUCUUUUCUUGUAUUUGGGGUACUAUCCAUUUUCAGUGGAAUGACAAGCCUGUGGCUUCCUGAGACCCUGAACUCCCCACUCUAUGAGACUUUGGAUCAACAAGAAGAGGAAGAAAAAUUCAAUACUAUUAGUGAUGACAUGGAAAUAGAACUGGGCAAGGAGAUAAGUAACACGAGUGUAUUUACAAUUUAG